CGCAUGCGUCAGCGGCAUUUCCUGGAGUGGGCGGGGCUAAAAGCUCACAACGGGCACGAGCAGAGAAGGCAGCGUUAGUUUCACAGUUGUGUCUCUAUUUGUCUCGCAAUGAGACACAAAUGUAAUGGCCACACCUACGAGGAGGUGGCUGCUGCCCGUCUUGCUGGUCAUCCUACCGUCUGGUUAUCCUUCCUCUGGUCCCCCUGCUCCUCCGUCUGAACCCGAGUGCUACAGACCUUGUAGUUCACACAGCUGUUCUGUUAUACGUUGUGUUUGGACUCCAGAUCCAGAAUCUGACCACUCCACUAACUACAGCCUUCACUGGGAGCCAACAAACACAGAUGAUGAUAACAUUAAAGGGGGGAGGAGCUACGAUGGGUUAAUCCAUCGUGAAAACUUCCGUAGCCAUGGAGAACUUCGUGUUUGGGUCCAGGCUCAAAACCAGAACGGUUCUGCCAAAUCUCAGGAUGCUCUCAUCGACACAGAGGCUAUCAAGAAACCGCCCCCUCCUUUGUUUUUAUCCAACCAUCAGGGUUCAUUAGAGGUUACCUGGAGUGUUGCCUGUGUGCUGCAGCCGAGCCAAGGGACGUGUGAAGUCAGGUAUCGUGCUGAGGAUGACCAAGGCUGGCCUCAGGCUCAGUAUGAAGAUGGGUUACAUAACAGCUUUGAAGUCCCAGAUCCCCGGCCUGGCUCAGAAUAUGAGUUUCAGGUCCGUUGUGCCUGUGACUCCAGUCUGGUGAGUGACUGGAGCGAAAUCUACAGAAUAAGAAGUGCAGAAGCAGCUCCAGUUGGAGAGGUGGACGUAUGGAUGGACUGUGUCACUCCCUUCUCAAGCUUUGAUUGUUUUCUGACCUGGAAGAAUCUUUCUAUUUCUGAGGCGCGAGGAUUCAUCCUGGGAUACCAAGUGACAGUUUCCUACAGUAACGGCACUGUGAAGCACAUCAACGUGUCCACGGUGGACCCAAGCAGCGUCUGGGCGUAUGAUGAGAUGAAGUGGUACCUAACCUCGUCUCUGAAGCGCGUGUCAUCCGUUUAUGUAUCAGCCUACAACUCCAUUGGUACCGGAAACGCUUCUCAUCUGGUCGUACCAGAACCAGGUGAACACACAGAUGAUCAGAUUAUUGACCUUCAGAUGACUGAAGAGAACCUCACUGUGUCGUGGACGCUGCCCCCCCACUUCCCCGACAAUGUGAAACAUUAUGUGGUGCAAUACAGGGAGUGUUGGCCUGGCCGAGGCUUGGACUGGAUCAAAGUGGACAAGAGCCGGAGGACCGUUUCUUUUAAAGGGGUGUUUAAAAAGUACACGUCAUACCAGGUGUCGUUGUUUGUCGUGUCGGAUUCAAACCAGAUCCGUCUGAUUUCAACAGCCGUCGCGUAUUCUGUUCAAGGAGUUCCCUCUGCGGUGCCGUCGUUUAACGUUUCUGUUAUUGCUGCCACUGAUGUGACUCUGUUCUGGGAGCCUGUUUCCUGCUCCAAGCGGAACGGGAAGAUCUUGCACUACCAAAUAGUGGUAGAACACGCAGGAACUCAAACAGUGUACAACGUGAGCGUGACUCCAGAUCAUGGAACAAUGACCUACAAGCUUCCCGGUCUUAGUCCAGGCAGGAAGUACAAGGUUUGGAUUCGAGCUGUGACUGCUGCUGGGCCCGGCCCAAACGUCACCACGACUUUAAAAACCAAGCAUGUGGAAGACUUGGGUCAUGUGAUCCACACCCUGGUGCCCGUUGGGUUUCUGUUGGUCACAAUUAUUUUUGUUGCACUUUGUGUGACCAGAGGACCGAGAAAAGUGUGUCCUGUUCUGCCUCAGUGUCUGUAUGAAAAAGUGCCCGAUCCUAGCAACAGCCACAUCUUUAAACACAUGAGGCAUCAGAUCAGUGAGCCCUUGAAUUGGAUCUGCAUUCCCCUCUAUGAGCCCAGUCCCAAGAUAUCUCUUCUGGAGAUCGUGGAAGUGAAGUCCAAAGCUUUAGGCCCCGACAGAUUAACGCGGUCAGUGCUGGAAAACGACUGUUUACAGAUGAGCUCCACAGAUGUUCAAAGGGGAGAGACGAUCGUGGAAGACAAAGACAGGAUGGACCCCAGGUAUGGAAGAGAGGAGUACAGCAAAAUGAUCGACUCGGACGAGGAGAGGAGUGAAGAGUCGUCGGACGAUGGGCAGUUUUCUUCAGGAUAUGAGCAGCAUUUUAUGCCAAAUCCUUUGGAAAUACGGCAGAACUGAUGAGGUGGUUGCACAUAAUCACAGGAAUUUGAUUUUUAUGUUUAUAUGUACAUGUUUAUUUGUACAUGAUGGCCUUGUGUAGAAAUGUUUUUAUAUGUUUAGUUUCUAAAAGGUUUUUGGGAUUAGACCUAGGUCAGUAUACGCAUAAAACAGACGAGACUGUCCCCGUUUGCAUUUUUCAUAGUCCAAGUGUUAAAUAUUAAGCUUUAGGACAAGUGAACAAAAGGACAAGCAUUUCCUGCGUAUCUGUGACUGAAUUUCAAAUAUUUUGAACCCACUGUGUCUGAAUAUUGUUUUUAAGGUUCCAUUGUCAGAUAUUCAUUUGCAAUUAACGUAUUUGUAAAGAAAAUGAGAAGCUUUCACCACGUAAACCAGCCACAGAGAACACUUGAAUAUAGAACCUUUGGAACAGAAGUACAAAAAGUGUUUGAAUAAACGUAUCAGGAGGAGUCUGAUCCUGCUGCCUUAAA